CUAAGGGAGUACGCCAAUAACUGUCAGUGCCUUAUUGCUUUAUGGCACCCGGCCAGGAACGGAACUCCUGCCGAUAACCAGGGACCACCUGUACUUGGAAUAGUUAUAUUUUUAAGUAAGCUGAUGUACUGUUUAAGAUUCCAGUUACCAAUAAUUUUAAAUGGCUCUCAGGGUGUUGCUGAGGAGGGAGUAUGCACUACAGAUGGUGGAUGUCAAGUGUCAGAUGAAAGUGGAUCCUCUGGUGACGAGAGACAUGAAUUAGAUGAUAUGAUUAGCAUUGAUAUUGAUACUGAAGGCGAAGAGCCUGAGGAUGGAGAUAAUGUUUUACCGUCUAAGUCAUUGUUGGCUUCUGAAAAUCACUCCAAAUUAUCAACAACUGAUCCUCAAGGCCCAGAAGCUGGAAAGAUGAAUAAGCAGAUCCAUGUUCGCAUUGGACUGGGGUCAGAAGAUGCUACUCUCACAACAGCAGAUGCAGACACUAGUCCAAAUCCAGAUGUUUCUGUCAUUGAAGAUGAUCCACUACCAGAUGUCUUGUUGAGAGUACGAGAAAGAGUUGCAUCUCCUCCUCCACCUCCCCAUGUUUGUGAUCGUGCUAAUAAAUUAAGUGAUGUCAAACAUUUUACUUCAACAUGGCUUUCAGUAUCUGCAAAGAAUAUUGAUUUAUCUGAAUACUUGGUACCAAAUGUCAGCCCAGGAACACCACUUGAGGAACCAAUUUGUCGAGGUGACCUUCCAGCUUCUAUGCAUACACUAGAUCACUUAGCUGGCAUCAGGCAUAGGAGCUUGCUACCACAUUUUCCUGAGAUGGGUUUAAGAGAGGCAUUGCAAACACUAACUGAUCGUACACCUGUAUCUGUUGAUCAGAUGGCAACUCGAAUUGCUCGAUCACUUCAAAAGAAUGAAACUUCCUGGGUAGUUGCUACAGCUGCAGCUCUUUAUUGGCGUGUUGUUGGUAGUGGUGAAAGGGCAGUAGACUGUUUACGACAUACACUGCACCAUGCUCCUCGAAAUAUGAAAGACAUUCCACUGAUAUCUUUAGCCAAUAUUUUGCAUAGAGCUGGCUUGUUCAACAAUGCUUUAGUAGUAGCAAAUAUGGCAUUGGAGAUAUCACCAAAAUUUGUUGUUAUUCAUUUUACAAUGGCCAAUAUUUAUGCAGCUAAGGGCGAUUUGGAGAAAGCCACAGCAUUUUACCAGUCUACCUUGGCUCUUCAGUCCUCAUUUGAACCUGCAAGAGAUAGACUGAGAGCUAUCCAGUGUGCAACUCUCAGUGAGGAAUCAUUGUCAAACUGAUUGAUGUAUUAAUCAGGAAAGGAUAUAGUUGUUAUAGCUUUAUAAUUUAUGUGAUCUACAAGUUUAAAAAUUGUUUAACUUUUCUUGUGAUGAAGUCAUAACCAAUAAUCUUUUUCUGUUUUGUUCUUAUGCUUUUAUCGAGUCUCCAGUUAUGAGGGAGAAUUGGGAUUCUUUAGUUGGCUCAAGCAUAGUUAUUAGCUACUGCAGCAGUCCCCAGGUUACAUCGUUCUGGACAUACGGCACUUGCCUCAUGGUGCUGUUAAUCACAAUUUUGCAGUGUAAGUGGAUUUACAGCACCGUUACCUGCUUUAUGGAGCUGUAUUUGUUGUUUAUUCCCAUUAUAAUUAUGAUGAUUUGUGUUAAGGUGAUUUUCGACUUACAGCGCCCUGCCAGGAACAGAACCCGUUCCGUAACCUGGGAACUGUACCAUACUUGUAAAACUAAAAAAAUAAUGUCACCAAAGGCUCCUUAGAACAAAUACUAUUAGGUCACACCAAGUUCAGUUGGCUCUGCUGUGAACUGUAUUAUCAUUAUCAGCUUUACUAGUACAAAUAUUUUCAAAUUAAUUUUAAACAUUUUUUGUGCCAUGUUUACCUAACAUUGUAUGUAAUAGGUAAUUUUUUGUUUUAUAUCAAAAUAUGUAUAGCACUUUUAUUCACUGAAAUUCUUGAAGGGAAAGAAUGUUAUGAAUGGAACUGCACCUUUGUACCUAGUUUCCUUAGGGACUUGAUAGCCAAGAAGAAUAAAGCCUGUAAUUUCAUGCAAAGAUUAAGUAGCCAUUGAGAGAUCUAUCACUGAGCAUGAUCCAUGCAGGCCAUCAGUAAGUUGGUACACAAAACUCUCAAGCAUCAAAAUUAGAAUUUUAAGGUUUUUUUCGAUUCUGGUUGCUUCCUUUUUAUUACAUUACUAGGAGUGUCAGUUCACUGUAAAGAUAUUAAACAUCUUUAGAAAUACACAUGUUUUAGAUAUUAAAGUUCAGAAGGCAUAAAUUACUAAAAAUCUUUAUAAAACAUCUAUAAGAAUUGACCAGGGGAGGGUAUGAAAGUCCAGAUGUCAAUUUAGUAGAUGUGUGCUUUAAUGAAAUUGCUUUGCAGUGUAAAGUUAUACUUAUGGUACAUAAUCUACUGAUCAAUUUCAUAUACUGUAGUCAUUACCAUGACUGUGAUCAGUUGUGUCAGUUACAGAACAAAACCUGUGUAAACUGUACUUAUUUACCCUAUUGAUCUUAUGAUUUGAUUGUAUGGUUUUCAUUAUAAUAGGUAAUAUUAACUGAAGAUUUUUGUUAACAAGGUAAGCACAGCUAUAGCUAAUUCUUAUUCACUGUGAUUUGGUAUUUAUUUGGCCUGUGCAUAUGCAAAAUAUACCCUAGGAAUAAAUGAUCAGCAGUACACUAGCUAUAAUUAAUAGUGCCUAACUUCCUAUAGUUAUAUAGCUCUGUUAACACUGUGUUAGGAGGAAAGAUGUCUGCAUGUUUGGAAUGCAUUUAAAGUAGUUAUUUUGAGAUUCCAGGUUCAGUAUUUUAAAGUUAUGCAGUGAGGACUAAUGCUUUUCUGUAGCAGUAUUUAAAGCAGAAUCAGCUGUUCCACCUUUGUUGAUAACUUUGGUCUGAAAUUGUCUUUAACAAAUAAUUUGUCAGUCUAUUUUUAUUGUCUAGUAUGGUUGAAAAGGGGAGGAAUCUAUAAGAAUAAAAGAUUCCUGUUUCCAAAUGGUCUUCUGCAUUUCAGUUGCAGAAAGACAGAAGAUUUUGUUUUAGGUACAUUGGGAGUAAAUUUCUUUAAACGUUCUUGAAAUUUGGUAGUGUUACCAUGAUCCAUUUGCAGGUCUUCCUUUUCAUAGGAAACUAAGCUUAAUAUGUACCACUAGCUUUUGUGGGUGCUUUAUAGACAAAACAGUGACAUAAGAAAAAACCUUAAAUUAUUGAGGGAAUCAAGGAAUUCCAUGAUUUUCUAAAUGGUUGUACAACAUGUGUAGGAACUAGCAUUUAAUACAGUACAGUAGUGGUCGAUUUAUUGCAAAAGCUCAAUUAGUUGUAUUAAGGAAUUGUUGAAAUGUUGCCAUUAGUUGUGGCUGUUAUUCUGUUGCAAGUGGAUUUGAUACAAUGUGUACCAGUUAUUGAGUAUAUCUUGAACCUUUUUGUUAGGUUGUCAAGAAGUCAUGGUGUGCAAUAUUCAACGUAUGUUACCGUUAUAUUAUUUACAUUAUUGGGUAUGCAGGUAAAUUUGUUUAAAAGAAAGAUUUUCUCAUUCCUGUAAGACCUGUGUCAUUUCGCCAAGGUAUCUGCCACUCAUUUUACUUCACAGCAUAUUUUUUGGACCCAUAUUCAUAUUACCUAAUAGGUAAAUCACUUCCAUGAUAACUAGUUUCAGUUUGAAGUAUGUGCCUUUAGUCACAGUAUAUGUAUUUCAAAGGAAAAUUAAAUUUUAAAUGUACUUUUUGGUCAUUCAUAUUGGAAAUUGAACAUAUUUACUAAAUUUUAUGUAUGCCAUAUUGUUACUUGCAAGAAAUGUGUAUAAUGGGAGUUAAAUACAUAAAUCAUGCCCCUUGCAUUUUUCAAUAACUGAUGCUAAAUUUUCUAUACAUUGAUAUCUUAGGCCAUCUGUCAUGUAUUGGGAGAAGGAAAGUUACCAUAAACACAAUCAGAGAUUUAUGGAUUUAAUUUUAGAGUUUUUGAUUUUUUUUUUGUCUCGGAAAUAUUUUUUAAAAGUCCAUAUUCAUGGUAAAAUUUUGUUUGCUUAUUAAAUAGUCCAACCUCAUAAAUCCAUGCUUAUUAAAUAGUCCAACCUCUUAAAUCCAGGAACCUUGGGACCAGGCCACUGCCAGACCACAGAAAAUCCUGGAAUGUAGAAUACACCCCUAAAAAAAUCAAGCCCCUAUGUAAACAGUCUUGCAAGCUAAUUCCAUAUACAGGGAGCCCCGGGUUACGACGGGGGUUCUGUUCUUGAGACGCGUCAUAAGCCGAAAAUCGUUGUAAGCUGGAACAUCGUAAAAAAUGCCAAGAAAACCUUACUUUUAAUGCUUUGGGUGCAUUGAAAACUGUGUAAACUACAUUCUCAUUGCAUUUUUCAUCCAAAAAACCUUCAAAUAUUGAUUAUUUUGCAUUUUUGGUGUCAUAUUUCUUGUGCCAGAUGAGCAUUGUAGGCAUCGUAACCCUGGAACAUGCGUCAUAACCCUGGAAUUAAUUUCAGAUGAAUAUAAUUGAAAAGCGCCUUAACCUCGGAACAUCAUAAGCUGAACCCGUCGUAACCCAGUGACUGCCUACUACAAAUAACCUAGUUACUGACUUAGCCUACUACUUGGCUAAGUUCUGACACCACUUAUCAUAAUUUUAUUACUACAUAUUUUCACUUUAUCAUUUUAUAACUUCAUACAGUAUAAUUUCCUUUCAAAUAGUGUACAUUGAGACAUUUAGGCUACAUUCCUGAGUUUCCUAACUGUAAGUUAACUACUUAACUUUUUUCAGAAUCUGCAGAAUAUCGGUGACUUUUCAUCUCCUAAAUUUACAAUCUUCCUAAUUAUUGCUAUUAUUUUCUUUGUCAUUUAUUUUGAUUGUAGAGGGUAAUUAAUAACAGAAAUAAAGAAUGAAUUUUGGCAAUCACUCAGUGCAUUCGCCGUCAAAAAGUAAGCAAAGCACACUGCCAAUGGAGGAAAAUGAACGCUCAACAUUUGCUAAGGGAGGGGAAAGGAUUGAAACAUUUUCUUGCUUAGAUAAAGAUUUAUGCUAGUGCUUCUUUCCUUUAUCAUCAUCAGAUCUCUUGGAUGGCAUAUUGAAUGGUUAAAUACACAGCUAUGUAUAUUGAAGAAAUGAAGUCUUUCAAGUACUCUAAAUAGUAAGGAAUUCGUGCAUUGCCAUGUGUCUCAUUGUUUUGAUUAAAAGUUUUGACUUGGUAGAACCUUCUCAAGUGAAAUCUUUGAAAAAAUAUAUUUAUGCAUUUAAAUUCAAUAUAAAAAACAUGUGUGACCUCACAUUUUCAUUGCUAACAAUUAUUUUCAUAAAAACAAAUGAGAUAUGCUCAUUUUUGCUGUUAGGAAGUUGUAAACAAUAUGUGGCACCACCCUCAUGGCCGCCAACGAACUAAUGGUGGCCGAUUCAACAUCGAGCUGAACCACUGGAGUUCCGGCCCACAGACUGCAGGUUUUAAGAGGUUCGACUGUACAUUUUCAUAAUCAAAAGGAUUAAAUUUAAGUCAUAGGACUUUUAUGUAACAUUAUAUCAGUACUGGGUAUUAUAAAGAUUGAUUUAAUUUUUCAGUCUAGUUUGUUAGGAGGUACUUUUUUACAUUACUGCUAGAUGUGAAAAUUUUAAUACUUGUAAGAAAACCUUAAAUUUUGUGGCAAGUAUCUUUUAAUGAUUAUAAAGAAUUCUUAAGACUUCCAUUUAUAUAUCUCAUACAACCCCAUUAAUCUUCAAAUUAGUGUACUACCCCCCUAUUAGUGUUUUUGGAUUCAAUAAAUGAACUAAUAUGUGAUUUUAAAUAUUAUUAUAAUAAUACUGUAAUAUUAAAACAUGUGGCACUUACUGGUGAUGAAUGUUGAUUAUAGGUAAUGAUAUUAGUAUAGCUUUGCAGCCUGAUGAAUGACAAUGAAGAUAGACUGCACAGCAAAAUAGAGGAGUUACAUAUCCUGUGAAGAUGCCUCUUCACCUUCUUCAGGAGGCGCUUCAUUAGGAAUUUUGGGAGGCACCACCUUCUUGAGGUAAUUGUACGGUAUGAUAGGACUUAACUACUUCAUUAGUAGUAUUGAUGAAAGUUGUGGCCCUUUCUUUUAUUUUUAUCCCAUGCCUUGACUGUUGUGUGUACCUCCCUAACAUCCCUGAUCAAAUUGUAGAAACCACAAAAUUUUUCAAAGGCCUGGUCUGUUGGUGGAAUAGCAGUACUAAAGAGGGAGGCAAGUUCUUGUUCAAGAAUGGCCUCCCCAAGUGUUUAGUCCCACUCAUAAUUGUUCUCAAUGCAGGUGACGGCACUUUCAGUCAUGCGGUAAUGGGCUGCUACUUUUCCAUGACUUCUGCCUUCUCUUACCAUGACAGUCAUGUCUAUUUUCUCCUUAUUUGGUAUUAACUGAAAAGGCCUCUGAUGCUUAGGUCCUCUGCCAGAAGCCUUAGGCGAAGCAAAAUGGUUAGAGGACAUUUUAAGGAAUACUAUACCACACGCAAAAAAUGCACAAACGAGAGAACAUUGAACUGUACGUACGUAUUGGGUCAGUUGGGUACAGUAUGCCUAUUGACAUUUUGUGCAGACUGUACAUUUUAUGAAAUGUUUUGUUUUAAGAUGAUUUCUUAAUAUACAUAUGUACAUAAAGAUUUCUGAAUAUACAUAUGUACAUAAAGUGUUGUAGGAUGAUACACUAAGUACGCAGAGCAUAUCUAAAAUACUUAAGAACACAAGAAUAGCAGGGUACGUAUGUUUUCGUCUGGGGUACGCAGUAUUUUCAUGCAUACAUACUAAGUAUAUUUUGUGACUAAAUACAUUUUUUAUGAAGAAAAAAUAUUUAUUAAUUUUCAAAUAUUACAGUUCUGUAAUAAGUUCAUGUAAACACAACAAAAUUUCAAUAAUAUAAAUGGUUUUUCGUAAAAAUGCUUCACCUAAGCCAACUUUCUACAGAUAGUAAACCUUAUGUCACGGUGACACCUUAGAGCAGUACCCAGAAAUGAUACUUGAUACGCUAUUGGCUGUUGUCUGCAGAGCAGCCAAUUCAGGAGCAGCAUUAAUUUUCAUUGUUGCUCAUUGGCUACACACUUGGCGUUGAUUGGAUGAAACCAGAGUCCCUUCUCACAAAGAUGGAUUUGUAGGUAUUGUGCAUCUCUCCUUCACCAGCCUCACUAUGUAGAAAGUUAUCGAUAUACCCGAACGUAAUUGAGGAGCUGUGUUUUACAAACCAGCAAAUAUCCAUGUGAAUCAUGCCGAAAAUGGCCCCCCAAAAAGUGCCCUGCUCCUUCUAAGGAUUCUGGCAAGGAGCCUAAGAGAAAGACGGUAAUGAAGCUCGACAAGGUGAAAGUUGUCAAAUGCUGAAGGAGGGCAAAAGUGUUGCUGUGUUUGGCUGCCAUUUCUCUGUGAACGAGAGCACGGUGAGAUACAUAAAAAGAAAAGUGAAAUCAGAAAGUGUAAGCAUGACAUACUUUGGUACAGCAGAAGCAGUGUCGACAGUGAGAGAAAAACAAUCGUGAAAAUGGAAUCUGCAUUCACAUACUGGAUCAAAGGACUUGUAAGAAGAAUGUGUCCCUUGACUCCAACAUCAUAUGCGAGAAAGCAUGACAGCUCUACCAGCAGCUAUCAACUGCUAUGGAAGGUAGCAACGUAGAGGAAGGGGAAGGCGGCGAUGUAGAGGCACAGGAAGGUGAUGAAGAAAGGGAAUUGGAUUUCAUGGGCUUUGAUGAACCAGCUCCUGAAGAGGAAGAAGAGCCACAACCGGGACCAUCAUCAGCUCCCCAAGGUUUUCAGGCGAGCAAACGAUGGUUCCACCAGUUCCAGAAAAGGUUCCACCUAAAGUCUGUUUCUCUACAUGGGGAAGCAGCAUCGGCAGACAAAGAGGUGACCACGAAAUAUCCAGAGACCUUCAAAAAUAUCCUGCAGGAGAAAGGAUACCGCCCAUAACAGGUCUUCAAUGUGAACAAAACUGGCCUGUUUAGCCAUUAAUAAGGUGGUCCAGUUGGAGAGAAUUCUUGGUGGUGAAGGCUUUGACAAUAUCACCGAGGAUGAAGUCAGCACCCUCAUUGAUGUCCACUCUGACCCCCUGACAGACAAGGAUUUGGAAGACCUGACAGAGUCUGCCAGCUAGGAAGAAGACACUCUAGGUUCAGGAGAGGAGCAGGAGCAGGAGGAGGAGGACAGCCUGAUUUUAGAACACCUGUCCGAAGUUAUGAGAAUGAUCAACGAUGUUCAAGAGUUUGUUGCAAUAUGGGAUCCUUACAUGGAAUGCUUCUUAAAGUUUUCUAACAUUAUUGAUACUGCAAUGGAGCCCUAUAAUCAGGCCCUUACCACCAUGAAGAAGCAAUGACAGCUGCUGCCAAUCACCAUGUUCAUCACACGUACAAAGAAGGACCUUCCAAAGUCUCCCGAAUUGUUUGAAGUGCCUUUUGAGUCGCCUUUAGAAUUGCCUCCCGAAGCGCCUCUUGAAGGUGAAGAGGCACCCUCAGAGGAGAUGCAACUCUUCUGCUUAGCUGUGCAAUCAUAUCUUCAUUGUCAUUCAUCAGACUGCAUGGCUUAUUCAUUGUCAUCAUCUUUAAUCAACAUUCAUCACUGGUGAGUACCCUAUUUACAUAUGUUGUACUAGAGUAAACAUUUUUUUUUUGAGUUCAUACAUAUUUUGUUUUCUAGACGACUUAAAUAGCAAUUGAAUGAAAAAAAAACCUUGCAUGACUGAAUAGUACUUAUGGGGUGACUGGAGUAUUUUCACGUACGUAACUAAGUUAUACAGUAUGUAUGUAUUUUUAACCAUAAAAUGUAAGAUUUACUUUGAAAUAGUAUCAAUCAUAUUUCAAAGAUUAAUAUGUAUUGUAAUAGGAUACUUUAAUGUAUAUUUGAUGUAGGAUGAUAUUUUUAGGGAUACUUUGCUGUUUACACAUUCAAGAUAAGCAGUUAUAAACAUUUUUAAAGGGAUGUUCCAAGUAUUCACAGGUUUUAGCUAUUCGCCGGGGGGUCUGGUACGCAUCCCUGCAAAUACAGGGGACACUACUACUUUGCUCUGAGGCACUUUUGUAUUUUUCAUAAUAAAGGGCAGAUGAUGAUUUUGAUAUAGCAUACAGUCUUUUGUGAUUGUAUUUUCUCUAAACUGUGAAAUUUAAUCUUUUCAUUACAUUUUUGGUUUAAAAUUUUUGUCAAAAAUUAGCAUUGUUGUAUUACUACCAGUUAUUGGCUAAAGUAAUGAAAUUCCAUUGCACUGAGGUUAAAGUGAGAAAUUUAGCAGUAAAAACUACAAACUUGUAUUAAUUUUGUCUUAAACUGUAUGUACCUUUUAAUGCUGAAUUUGAUUGUUUCAUCAUAACCUUUGUAAAUAAUAUAUUAAUGCCCACAUUUUGCAGUAUCUUCAAAGGUAAUAUGUUUUUUGUCCAGUUGGCAGUAGUAGUGGAAAGUCUCGCAGUACAUGCACCACGUAAAAGCAGACUUAAGUACCCAUCAGUCACCUACCUCAGUUACCAGCUUUCUUAACAUCUCUGUUCAGAGUUUGCCUGAUUAUUUCUACCUUGCAGCAUUGCUAGUCAUUGCCAUCAUAAUAGUUUUUUUUUUACUACUGAUUAGCAUUUUAACUGCUCCUUUUCAUAUCUUUUCUUGUAAGAGGUUUAAUAAAUAAUUAAAACGC